UAUUCUCAAGUGAAUAUGUUAGUUUUGCAAUUGACUGGAGUUUGUAAGAAAUUUGACUUUUUAUAGAAGACUUCUUGGAAAAAACUUCUAUAGAAAUCUUCCGAAAGUUUUUCUGAAGUUUUCUCGCUGUUGCAAGAAGUCUGCGUGAGUUAUUUUUGCAAUUUAAAAAUAAUAGUAAAACAAUUAAUAUUAAUGAAAAGACUUCUUGCCCUCUGUUAAAUCUAAUAAAGGAAGACUGAGAAGAAAAAAAAUGAAGUCUUUUCAAAUUUCAAAUCUCUAAUGCAAUAAGCCCUUGCCCUGUAUAUCACCUUCCCCGUAUACCACCUUAUGGAAUGAGAUGUGUUUUUUUUUGGGUAUAUGUUUGUGGUAUAUGCUCACAACAUAAUAUUUCUCUUUCUAGGUAUUAAGUAGUAUAACACUUAUAAUAUGGUUUCUUAACUUUCAUUUCACAACAAGAGAUUUUUUUGUUUGUUUAAUCGGUUAAUUAAUCCUACUAUUCACAUUCACACUAUAUAUAUAUAUAUAUAGAUCGCUGGACAAUCCCAAGUCCCAGCCAAAACAGCUUCAAGAGAAAACAUAAUCUAAAAAACUUGCCUUUUAUCAAGGUAAAAUGUGUGAAUUGGGCCCUGUCUUGUUCCCAAAGUUUGGUUGGGCGUUGACGGGAAAGUGUGCGAGCUACUCCACCAAUGAUGGCACGUCGUUUCUUGAUUUUCCUGUACCGAAGACUUAUGGAGUGGCUCAUCAUCAGACCAGCUUAGGGGUUUCUGCUUCAUCUGAGGGUAAUGGAAUAGACAACAAUUCGGCCAUGAUAAAGAAGCUUAGUCACAAUGCUAAUGAGCGUAACCGUCGCAAGAAGAUGAACUCUUUGUUCUCAACUCUUCGUUCAUGUCUUCCUGUUUCUGAUCAACUGAAUAAGUUAAGCAUUCCUCAGACGGUUUUGCGGACCGUGAAGUACAUACCGGAUCUGCAAGAGCAAGUGAAGAAGCUAACCCAGAAGAAGGAAGACCUAUUGGUGCGAGCAUUGGGUCAAAGAGACAUGGAAAGUUACGCUAAGCAGCAACCACAAGCGGUUGCUAGUUAUGUCUCCACCGUUUUUGCGACUAAGAAUGGAGACAACGAAGUGAUGGUCCAAAUCUCAUCGUCCAAGAUUCGUAAGUUUUCGAUAUAUAAUGUGUUGAGUGGAUUAGAAGAAGAUGGUUUUGUUGUUGUGGAUGUUUCAUCUUCGAGUUCUCGAGGAGAAAGGCUCUUCUACACUUUGCAUCUUCAAGUAGGCAAGACUGAUAGUAACAAGAUAAUUUGCGAGGAGUUAAGUCAAAAGAUAUUGUACUUGUAUGAAGAAUGUGGAAACUCGUUCAGAUGAUAUUUUGUGCUUGGUUCUUUUAGUUAUGUUGUCCUUUUUAAUUUACAUAAAUCUUCUUGGCCAA